CGUCUCCUGGGCAAAAGCAGUCUUCAUCCCACCUUUGUUUGUCGCUCUGCAAACACUUUUUCCGUGUGAAUUCUCUCUGUUCUCGCAAGAGGAAAACUUCCAACCAACUUCCGAUGGUUAACGCAGUGAAAGUCUUCAAGAAAACCGCUCCCAAUGGUAAGAUUACCGUCUACCUAGGUCGAAGAGACUUCGUUGACAACACCGUCUCCACUGAGCCCGUUGAUGGCGUCGUAGUCUGCGAUAAUGACUACCUCCGAGGGAGGAAGAUCUUCGCUACCGUUACGGUCACGUACCGUUUCGGUCGCGAGGAGGAUGAGGUCAUGGGCCUGCACUUCAGCAAGGAACUGCAGCUGACCAACCAGCAGAUCUACCCUUGCCAAGACAAGCCCGAGCUGACCGCUGUCCAGGAUAGGCUGGUGAAGAAACUCGGAGGCAAUGCCUACCCCUUCGCUGUCACCAUCCCCCAGAGCGCUCCCGCCUCUGCUCAGAUCAAUACGGGCAAGGAGCACUCCAACAAGCCCCUGGGUAUCAUCUACGAGCUGAAGGUCUUCGUCGCCGACAACGGAAACGACAAGCCCCACAAGAGGAACUCCGUCACCCUGGCCGUCAGGAAGGUCCAAUUCGCCCCCCUGGACCGCACCCAGCGCCAUCCCAGCACCAUGGUGUCCAAGGGCUUUGCCUUGUCCACCGGCAAGAUCAACAUGGAGGUCAAUCUCGAGAGGGACGUCUACUACCACGGGGAGACCAUUAUCCCCAUGAUUGGCAUCAGCAACUGCAGCAGGAAGACCGUUAAGAGCAUCAAGUGCUCCAUCGUCCAGCAUGUGGAGCUCACCAUGACCAACAACCACUUCACCCGUGAGGUGGCUGCUCUGGAAUCCAUGGAGGGAUGUCCCAUCACUCCUGGAGCAAAUCUCCAGAAGUCCUUCAGCCUUGUUCCUCUGGCUUCCACCAACCAAAACAAGUACGGUAUUGCCCUUGAUGGCAAACUGAAGGACAGCGAUGCCAACCUGGCCUCCUCCACCAUUGCUGCCGAGGGUGCCAACCCCAACGAUGCCACUGGUAUCGUCGUGAGCUACUCCGCCCGCGUUCGCCUCAACUGCGGUGCCCUGGGCGGUGAGCUCAUGGCUGACCUGCCAUUCAAGCUCCUGCACCCAACCCCAGGCUCUAUGGUACCCAAGGAGAAAGGGGAUGGCGAUGACAUUGUCUUCGAGGACUUCGCCCGUCUGCGCCGCGGCAUGAGCGUCGACCAGCCAUAGAUCCUCCUCAACUGGUCGUAAGGCAGAUCACCUCCCCAGCUCUUGUUUCCCGCGCGCAGAUGCAUCUACUAGUCCCAAGCCUCUGCCGUCACCUCCUAUUAACAAGUCCAUCUCUUCCUCCUCCUCCCGCAAGCCCUUGGUCAUUUCAACCAACCUGGAAUUGGCAGACGAACCAAUCGAACAACAGCUUUAAUGCCGCCAUCUCCUGUCUGUGACCAUCCUAACAAUUCACCUUUUGCGAACGAACGAAGUGUGGGAUUUCAAACUUUUUUCCGAAACGACGUCGAAACUUCAGAUGAUUUUUUUCCUUCUUCUUCUUCUUCUUAGUCACUUACAUCUUCUUGAUUUGUCUUUUUUUUUCUUUAUCUUUUUCCAUAUGGUCGUCGCUGCUGUUGUCGUUUCAGGAGGCGACUGCUCGGGUCUAGCAGCUGCCCGAACGCUAUCACAGUGGUAAGCAUAGACGAGGUUACUCCAUAAUAAUAUUUAGUUCAAAGAAGAAUUUACUGUUAAACUAGAAUCAGCUGUAACGCAGCAGCAGCGACGGGUUUUCUUAUUUCCUCUGUAGUAUUUAAGGCUUUGUGUUGAUUUAAGUUAUCUUUGUAAAGGAUUUCUUCUACCGAUCCUCAACAAACAUCUUCGAGCAGUUGUCUUCGUGAGCUGUUGGUUCUAAAUCGGCAGUGUGAUAUAAUUGGCUGUUUUCUUUGCUUAAGUAAAUUUAGUUACAGAGAA